AUGGACUCCCAACAAGUGCUGGUGGCUGCCACGUACCUGCUGGGAACACUGGUCACUCUCUGCUGUGGACAGUCCCUUCGGGAUGACCCAGGUAAGAAAGAACGCGAGAAGGGAAGUGGGGUGCAGAGAGAACAGGACAGAAGCUUCGUGGGCUAUGUGAGGACCUGCCUGUUAAGAAGGUCCUCCAUCAAUGUGAACCCCACCUCUUGCAAACACAAAGACAUCAGCCAUGCCAGUACGUGUACAGGUGGCACCUUCAUGGCGGUAAAACGCCUCUAUAGCAUCCUAAAAGGGAGAAACUCAGAAGGACCUCUUUUGACCCCCCCAGAUCUCCAGGUGACACUAACUGGCUCCAACUCCAAGUGUCAGGGUCAAGUGGAGGUCCAGCUAGAAAACCUGAGUCGAACCGUGUGCAGUUCCAGUUGGAGGUGGAACCAGGACCACUGGAGAGAGCCGCACCAGGCUUCUGUAGCAUGCCGGAAGCUGGGAUGUGGAGUUCCCUUGGUCCUCGGCAAUUUCCCUUUAUGGAGCAGACCCAGGAACCAGAUCCUCUGCCACGGACGCCUGUGGUCUUUCUCCAACUGCAGCACAAGUCCACCAGCAGGGUGCCCUCCCCUGAGCCUGAUCUGCCAAGAGCCCCAAAGGAUGACGCCUCCACCCACAACCACCCCACCCACCACCAUACCAGAGCCCACAGCUCCUCCCAGAUUGCAGCUGGUGCCAAGACACAAGGGCCUGAGGUGCACAGGUGUGGUGGAAUUCUACAAUGGCAGCCGGGGUGGCACCGUUCUCUACAAGGACAAGGACAAGCCUUUGGUCCUGGGGAACUUAAUUUGUAGCGCUCUGCAGUGCGGAGCUUUCUUAACACAUCUGUCGGAGCCAGAGGCGGCGGGAACAGCAGCUCCUGGAGAGCUGAGGGACCCCACGCUCUUGCCAAUUCGAUGGAUGGCCCAGAAUGGGAGCUGUGCCUCGCUGCAGACGUGCUUCCAGAAAACGACAGCCCAGGAGGGUGGUCAGGCACUCACAGUCAUUUGUUCCGAUUUCCAGCCCAAGGUUCAGAGUCGCCUGGUGGGUGGCAGCAGCGUGUGUGAGGGCAUCGCUGAAGUGCGCCAGGGAUCACGGUGGGCCUCCCUGUGUGACAGUUCUGCAGUCAAGGGUCGGGCACGGUGGGAAGAGCUGUGUCAGGAGCAGCAGUGUGGUGACCUCAUCUCCUUCCACGUGCUGGAUGCUGACAUGACCUCCCCCGGGCUCCACUGUACCCAGAAGAAGCUGUCUCAGUGUUACCAACUUCAGAAAAAAACCUCCUGCAAGAAGGUGUUCGUCACAUGUCAAGAUCCAAACCCAGCGGGCCUGGCCGCAGGCACUGUGGCGAGCAUCAUCCUGACCCUUGUACUCCUGGUGGUGCUGCUGGUCAUGUGUGGGCCUCUGGUCUAUAAGAAGCUGGUGAAGAAAUUCCGUCAGAAGCAGCAGCGUCAGUGGAUUGGUCCCACGGGAGUGAACCAGAACAUGUCUUUCCAUCGCAGCCACACAGCGACUGUGCGGUCCCAAGUGGAGAACCCAACAGCCUCUCAGGUGGACAAUGAAUACAGCCAGCCUCCUAGGAACUCCCACCUGUCUGCUUAUCCAGCUCUGGAAGGGGCCCUACAUCGCUCUUCCACCCACCCUGACAAUUCCUCUGACAGUGACUAUGACCUGCAAGUAGCUCAGAGGCUGUAAAAGAACUUGGGACCAACAACAAAAGGCCAAGCACGUCCCCUCUGUCCUGAGGAAACAUUUACCACUUGGAGUGCUGUUCAUUUCCACCUUAGCCAGAACUUGGACAGAGGCCAAGGCCCUUUGGAAAAGAGCCUGGGUCCUGCAGUGGCAGGCCAACUCCCAUACCCCCUAGAGCCAUGACAUCCUGGAUGCUUCCUCCAAGAGCCAACACUCAACAGACAGACCCUGCAAGCAACCAAUCCUUGCAAGCAGAGACUCCAGUAUCCAGAGGGGUCUGCAUCCUUUGGGGAGCAGUGACUAGUGAGAUUGGCUUUUUCCUUGGACUCUGACGCCAUAAAAGAGUGAAGCAGUGCACAUCUGAGUGGGAGCAUAUUUCUCAAGUGUGUUUUUUAAUAUAUUCUUUGUAAAUAAUGUUUUUUCUACUUCCCAAGAACUUGAGUACUCAGCCUAUUGUGUCCAGGGCCCCACCUACUGGACACUUCCAAUGAGACCACAGUCACAGGCUGCACAUCCAAGCCAGGGAGAGGCUCAUUUUCCCUGCCUUCCAGUUUCCACAUCCCACAUCUGAAGAGACAUUCCUCUACAGAGCACAAGCCCCACUGGCUGACAAGGGCACUGGUACCCUGUCCCACCGGGGCCCAGCAUAAAGGGACACCCAGCCAAUCCUCUCCUCACAAGUUAGAAAUCCCCAGCUCGGGGAUGCAGAGGUGGCUCAGAGGUUAAGAGCACUGUCUGCUCUUCCAGAGGUCCUGAGUUCAA